AUGAUCUGACAUCACAAUAAUCAUACAGACAAACUGUCAUAACGACCAAAGUCACAUAAACUUUGCGUACAGUUUUACCACCUGAUUAAUUUUUUGUACAGAUCGUUAAAAUUGAGAAAUGGACUCUAAAUACAAUUCAGAACCUAAGGAUGGCCCAGUCACCACCGUGGGUAGCCGGCGUGCCGUAGGCGAUAAGGACCGUAAUGAUUAUUUGAUAAAAAGGUUGGAAGAAAUGUUCGCAAAACUGGAAACGAGAUCAAAGAACACAGAUGCAUGGGAGGGUGAAGACGAGGAAGGGGAAGAAGAAAGAGGAGAGGAGAAAAGACGGCGAAAACCACAGAGACAAGCAAAAGAAAAGUUCUCACCCAACGUUAGCGAAACAGCCAAAGCAGGAGGACUUGGAGAUGCUGGGAAAAACGUAGAAAUUAUUCAACAGAAAGAGAGAAAUAGAUUUUCCUUCAGAAAUUGAAUUAAAACAACAACCAUGGCCAAAGAUAGAAAAUUAAAGUCGUCGGAGGAGAUACGACAAAUAAUGAACCUGGCCCUCCAAAGACAGAAUAAAAUCAAAAGGAGACGAAAACGCGGGACUAAAAAUGCUGAAAAGUUGGAGAAAAGAGAAGAAAACAUACUGUAAAUAUUUAACAUUUAAUAAAAACCGUAUUAGUGUACACUAAAUGA